UAACAAGCCCAUGACAAAUACAAUUCUAAACCCAAUUUAACCUUGCGCUCCCCCUCCGAUGUUCGAAGGUCACUGCCUCCCCGUUCCACUGCAACACUGAAAGCUCCUAAAACCCAGCAGGAAUCCAAAUCCCUCAAAUAUUCACCAAAGUUCUCAACUUUCGAACAUUACAUGACAAGGUUAUGGUUCUAAACCUUAUUUUCUGGGAACUUAAGCUGUUUCUGACCCUGUUAUUUGAUUUGAAGAACACAAAAUUCACGUGGGGUGUUGUUUUUUGUCUGUUGAGAAGAGUGUAAGCGAGUGUACCAUUGUUCAAUAUGCCUUCUGAGGACAGUUUAAGACAGAAGCUUAAAAAGAGGACUAAACAUGUAGUAAGCAUUCCAAGAAACUCUUUGAGAACUAAGAAGGAUGAAAUUUCUUUUGAGAGAAAUGGGUUUUUUGGCAGAGGAAACGAGACCGAGGGAAAGUUGAAGAAAAGGGUGAACUUCAAGGGAAAGCAUUUAAGUGAAGAAAUUGAGGAGAGAGGGCAGUUGAGGAUUUUAGAUUCUUCUGGGAAGAAGAAAGGGGUAUAUGCGAAGGAGGGGAGGGAUAAAAAUGGGAAGUUAGAGAAGGGUGUGGCGACAUCCAAGAAGAGAACUUUAUUUGAGAAAGGUGAGAAGAAAGUGAAACAUGGUCCUGUUGAAGGGAACACUGACCAUCGUACAAUGUGGGUUCCUGGUAAGUUAAGGAAUGUUGGUUCCAAGGUGAAGCGUUUGACUCACACGAUGAAGGAAAGGAAGCAAAAUGUCGUUUUGGCUACUGCUAAACCGAAAGUCAGGGGAAAGGAGGAGGGUAAAAUGGGAUUUUUUGGGGAAGAUGAUCUACGAAAUGGUUUGGUGAAGAGAAGUAGAGAGAAGAAAUCUGAAUUGGGCAAAAGAAAAAGUAAUGACGUUGUGUCUCCUUCAAGUUUUGUCCAUAAAAAAGCCAGAGAUAAAAUGGGAUUGGACCAUGAUGAUGCUGAGACACUAGAUGAGCGCCCAAAGAAGAAGAAAAGGGUGAUAAAACUUGAUCCUUAUGAUAUCUCAAACAAGAGGCUAGAUGAUGGCAUUGGGGUUAAUGGAGGUGAAGAGGAGAAGGAAAAGGAGAAAGAGCCUGAGAAAGAACCUAAAAUGUCCAAGAAUGCCCAGUUUCGUGGAAUUCAGCCCAGCCCUUCAAUACUUUCCUUUGUGGAAAAAAAUCUUUUGGGUAGGAGGCGCACCAUUGACCUAAGAAGGGCAGGUUACAAUAUAGAUCUUUCUGCACCGUUAGAUAAUAUUCCCUUCUCUAGCAGUUCAGAACGAGAGAAAAUAGAAGAAAAUGUAUUUAGGAAUAAAUUGGAAUUUUUUGCUUCGGCAAAGGUCUCAUCAUCAUUUCCACCUCCUAGUCUUCCAGAGAUUGCAUUUGCUGGUAGGUCAAAUGUCGGGAAGUCAUCACUUCUUAAUGCCCUCACUAGACAGUGGGGAGUUGUGCGGACAUCAGAGAAGCCUGGCCUUACUCAGACAAUUAACUUCUUCAAGAUGGGAACAAAACUCUGCUUAGUUGAUUUGCCAGGAUACGGAUUUGCUUAUGCAAAAGAAGAAGUGAAAGAAUCUUGGGAGGAGCUUGUGAAGGAGUAUGUUUCCACAAGAGCUGGCCUCAAACGAGUAUGCCUUCUGAUUGAUACAAAGUGGGGUAUGAAGCCAAGAGAUCAUGAACUAAUUGAAUUAAUGGAAAGAUCAAAAACUAAAUAUCAGAUUGUAUUAACCAAGACAGAUGUGGUCUUUCCAAUUGACGUGGCUCGACGAGCCAUGCAAAUUGAAGAUAGUCUGUUGCAGAACAAGUCUGUUGUUAAGCCUCUGAUGAUGGUAAGCUCAAAAUCUGGAGCAGGAAUCCGAAGCUUGAGAACUGCUCUUGCCAACAUUACUCGAUUUGCCAAAAGAUUGUAAUAAGAUGUGUUACAUAUUCAAGACAGCACAUAUGCAUGGUGAGCUGAACUCGUUUGUUUGAAGUUCAAACUUCAUUUUCCACAGGACAGGCCAAACCUAUUUUAUUUUUGGCUCUCACUGUCUAAUUUUCAGUGGCAUUGCAAGAAAUUUUUGUGACUCUUUUUAGGUUCCCUUUUGUUUAGAAAUCAUUAUUUUAUAUGGUCAAAAAGAAUGAGUGUAUGCAUGUCAGGUAACCACUUAGUUUUCAAAGGAUAUCUAUUCCCUCAGCCGCCCCACACUUGAUUUAAAGGUUAUUUUCAUUUAUUAUUUUCCAUGAGGGGAUGAAUGCCACUAUCUUGUGUACAAGUUUAAAUAAUACAUUGAAAUUUAAUGCU